GCUUUGCUGGACAGCGCAGAGCAGAUGCUGGAGAUGCAGUUCAAGUGCUCCAAGAUGGGUGAGGCGAAGUACUACUUGGGGAUGCACGUGGAGAGAGAUGUGGAAAAGGGUGUGCUGAGGUUGCACCAGAGGAAGUACUGUGAGGGGCUGGCUGAGAAGUAUGGGCUGCAAGAUGGGGGAAAGCCAGCAACACCACUACCUUCGGGGUUCACUGUGGAGCCAUGUGCUGAUGAGGAGGUAGUGGGUGAUAGUGACAGGAAGCUGUUUCAUUCGAUGGUUGGGUCGCUGAAUUAUCCUGCAAAUCAUACACGGCCUGACAUUGCAUUUGCUACAUCACGCCAGAGGGGCUGGAUGAUGGGAGCGGCAGGGUCUGCAGGCUGAAGAAGGCCAUCUAUGGCCUUAAGCAGGCGCCUCGUGCAUGGUAUCACAAGUUGGAGGAGGCGCUGUUGGCUAGGGGUUUCAAGAAGACUGCAAAUUGGUUGGGAACAACCAAGCUAGGUUGGCAAGGGUGACCAACUUGGAUGGAUUGGUUGGGAAGGGACAAAUGUCAAAGUUGGGGUUCCUAUAGGGAGGGAAUCUUUGUGCUUAUGGGGUUUCCUUGGUUGGGGACUCUCUUGGGACCUUCCCUCUCAUCCCUCUCUUCCAUCCCAACCUUUCUCUUGCUCCUCUAAUUCCUUGUGAGAUUCUUGAACUUUGAUUGAACUUUUGAGAUUGAGUUAAGUUCUCCUCCUACAGCUUACCCCCUAAUGCGUCGAAAGCCAUAGCGUCGCGAAUACUUCAUCAAUCAACGUGUUUCAAAUUG